AUUUUCCUCAAUAUCACCCUUUAAUUUCCAACGCAGAACUGCAGAUACACUACCGUAAAACUACGCGUUGUGCAAGAAUGAUAUCAGCGAUGAACUCCGUACAACCUCUCUGGAGUUUGAAGAGCCCCAAAUUGUCACUGGGUUCUUCUUAUUCUUACUCACUUCGGACUAGCGUUUCUCAGACAAAUCUUGGUUGUAAAAUCAAACAAUCCAAGUUUGGCAGGAGAUUUUUGGCAAAUAGAGCGAGACUUGUAGUGUGUGGUGGGUUUCUUUUGCCAGUGGAUCCCUGGGCACCUAAUGUUGAUUCACAAAGCAUAGCUCCACCGCUCUUUGCUUUAUCUCUUUUCCCCUACAUUGGUUUCUUGUAUUACAUCACCAAAUCCAAGUCUGCCCCAAAACUCACUCUUUUUGGAUUCUAUUUCCUGCUUGCCUUUGUUGGUGCCACCAUCCCAGCUGGAAUAUAUGCAAAGGUGCAAUAUGGAACUUCCUUGUCCAAUGUAGAUUGGUUGCAUGGUGGAGCUGAGUCACUGCUGACUUUAUCCAACUUGUUUGUUGUUCUUGGGCUGAGGCAAGCUCUUCGAAAGUUGAAAAAUGCAGACGAAACCUCCUCUAGUUUGGCUUCUGGUAUUGAAACGGAAAAGUCAUCCAAUGUCAAAUUUUAAGAGAACGGACAUUUUAUAUUGGAUACUUAUCCUUGCCAAUGUUUAUACGUAGCUAAUUCCGUCACCUCUGUCUUUGGACAACUUUUGGCAUACAUUUGAUCUAGUAUUGACAGUCUGCUGUUUGCAAAAAUCAUGCAAUUUGGUUGUGAACCUAAUUUUCCAGGUUGAUUCUGUAUCGUGUUUAAAUAAUCAUCCUGAGAUAAUAUUAAUGGAGUCGAAACCCCAUCCACCCUUCA